UCAAUUCUCAAUCUAUGAGAAAAAGAAAUUUCAGGAGAAGGGGAACUUGCUACGCGCAUCGAAACGUAUAGAUAUUAAUCGACUCAGUCUAGAUACAACGUUUAACGGGUAAAGACUACCGGCAGAUAGAAACGAAGUUAAAAGAUGGAUAUUAGUUCCUUAAUGCGCAAGCCGUUGCAACAAUCAAGUACAAUUUCGACAUUCCGUAAUAAUCCUUUUCCUUCUAGACCCUGGCUUAUUGAUAAUGGAGCUGCAGCAGCUGCCGGUAGUAGCGGUGCCAAAGGAAUUAUAGCUGGGGGUAUUACUGGUGGUAUAGAGAUAUGUAUUACAUAUCCAACCGAAUAUGUGAAAACACACCUACAGCUUGAUGGAAAAGCUGGAGCUGGUAAAGAAUAUUCAGGAAUAUGGGACUGUGUAACAAAAACUAUAAAAAGUCGAGGAUUUUUUGGCCUAUAUAGAGGUCUUUCAGUGUUACUUUAUGGUUCCAUACCAAAAUCAGCUGUACGUUUUGGUUCCUUUGAGACAAUAAAGGGUGUACUAGUGGAUGCAAAUGGAAAUCUUACUAGUCAAACGAGUUUCAUAGCAGGAUUAUGUGCUGGAGCAAGUGAAGCUAUAUUUGUUGUUACUCCCAUGGAAACUAUUAAAGUAAAAUUUAUUAAUGAUCAAAGAUCUGCUAAUCCGAAAUACAGAGGAUUCUUUCAUGGAGUGACAAUGAUCACUAAAGAACAUGGUCUUAGAGGUAUAUAUCAGGGAUUAACACCUACUAUUUUAAAACAAGGAACAAAUCAAGCAAUGAGAUUUUGUGUUAUGGAGACAUUGAAAGAUUGGUACAGAGGUGGAGAUAAAAAUGUACCCAUACCAAAAUUAAUUGUUGGUGCAUUUGGUGCAUGUGCUGGGGCAGUAUCAGUUUUUGGAAAUACCCCUAUUGAUGUUAUAAAGACUCGAAUGCAGGGCUUAGAAGCCUCAAAGUACAAAAAUAGUGUAGACUGUAUGAUUCAAAUAUGGAAGAAUGAAGGCCCAACUGCAUUUUAUAAAGGAACCAUUCCAAGAUUAAGUAGAGUAUGCCUAGACGUUGGUAUAACAUUCAUGAUUUAUGAUUCCUUCAUGGAAAUAUUUAACAGAAUUUGGCCUUGAAAGUUACUUUUGUAACUAUAUUAUUUAAAAAUAUCAAUGCAUGUGUAGCUUUCAUAAUUUAAUAGUUAUAUUUG